AUGUCUGAAGAAAUAUUGAACUUGGUGAGACCAAACAUAGCAACACCAAUUGCCAAUGCAAGUGUAUCUGCCUUCUCCGUUAAUCCACUUACUGUCAAGAUCCAAUCACCGGCUCUUUUGUCUAUUCUUGAAUCUUCUUUGAGAUCCGAAGACAAUAUCAGAACUAUCGGUGCUCUCUUGGGUACCAGAUCAGACGACGGAUCAGAACUCGAAAUCCACGACAGCUAUAUCAUUCCUCACGAAGAAAAAGAUGAUGAAGUUACCAUAGACGAACACAACCACAAGAGCUUAUUCCAACUUUACAGAAGAUCUAACCCAAAGAACCAGAUCAUUGGGUGGUUCCAAACUUCUAAUAGCUUAGAUACUGUUACUUCUUUGGUCCACGACUUUUUUAACUCUGCGGAUGGUACUUUCCCACAUGCUGCGGUUCAUUUAACAUUACAAUCUAGAGACCAAGACAAUAAUGCCAUUAUCCCAAUAGUGAACACAUUUGUUUCCACUUCAGUAGGCUCUGGAAAUGCCGAAUCUGGCUCAAAUAGCUUAUUCACCCAAAUACCAUACGAAAUCACUUACACCUCGGCAGAAUCUUUGGCUCUUAACCAGUCAAUGAACUCUGGGGAAGCAAAUUUGAUUGAUUUGCACAAAUCCUAUAAUGACUUAGUUCAAGUUGAACAGAAUUUGGCCAAGGUUAAUAAAUUGUUGGAUGCUAACAUUACAUACGUGGAGAAAAUUUUGGCUGGCGAAAUUGAAGUUGAUGGCAAGGUUGACAAGAUUGGAAAAUUCUUGAUCUCCAACUUGUUGUUGUUCAGCUCUAACUACGAAGGCUUCAACUCCAACUUCAACAAUUACAUCCAAGAUACUUUGAUGAUUGAGUACUUGGUCAGCUCGAUCAAGACCCAAAUUGAAUUGUCUGCUAAAUUAACCACUAUUGUUUAG